AUGCAUGCGUAUGCCCUGUUGGCCCUGCUCGUCGGGUACGUGGCAGCCGCGGGGGUGGUAGGGUGGAGGUUGCUAAGGACAUACAGCCACAAAGACGAGAGAAACAACGUUGCAAAUACAACUGUAAAGCUUUUCAUCAUCAUGGGGUACAUACACUGCAUGGGGUUGAUAAUCCUCUUGCCAGCAGUGGCCCAAAUUGACUCCUUCCCCAAAGUGAAGGAUCAUUUCAACUCCACGCAGAUGUGCAGAAUAAUGUACGCCAUUUUAGGGAGUUACAUAUUCAUCAUAACUCCAUGUUUAGCAGUGGUCUACUCGCAAAGAGGAGAGGUCUCCAACACCGACCAGUGUGCAAAUCGAUUAAACAAACGAAUUAGCACUCGCUGGAGGAGUUACUUCAGUAACAUGUGUACACAUACGACAAGUACCAUUUGCAAAAAUGUACUCCUCAUAUGGAUACUCUCCAUUUCGUUGUCAUGUUGCCUUUUUUUUUUAACCUACUUGUGUUUUCAAAAAAUCAGCUUGUCUUUAAAUGCGGAUGGUUGUGCAUCGUGGUACCCCUACUUAGAAGAAACGAACAGAAAGAAAUUACUUUCAUUAAAUUUGAGGAAUCAUGAGAGCUGCAAAAACGUGGGGGAGGAUAACAUACGAAUUGACUUUAACGUAAAUUUUAAUGACUAUGUGGUUAUGUGUGUCUCCUUGAUGGGUUCUAUCGGCUUCGCUGUUUAUGGGGGCGUCGGAUUGGUGUCCCUUCCACUUGGUUUAUUGUAUUCCGCCGUGAGUCGUUAUCGGGGGGGAGUAGCCAAUCGUGUCGUCGAAGUUAAGAACGCGGUCUUGACCAACCGUGUGGACGAACGGAGGGAAGCCCUAUUCAAGCAAGAACUCACUCGAAUCAACAGAAAGGCAGAAAAUUUUUUACAGAUUACCCAAGAGGUGGAACUCAAGAGAGAGGAAAUAGGCAAGUCGAAUUAUUUCAAGUCCCUUUUUCAAAACAUCCAGCACAGACGAGAGAAAAGAAUUCUUAACUACAUGGUGCACAGGCUACAACUCGACUAUGAAAGAUCGGUGCACCGUUAUAACAACCCGACAAGUGCAGCAUCUUCUAUUGGUCCCCUCCUCCUGGGUUUUUUUUUUUUACUCGCUAGUGUGACUAUCUUUUUCCACAUCUGCUUAUGCAUCCUGGGGGGACCUACCGGACAGGGCAAGUUGCUGCGUUGGUGGCCUUUCCACUGGGACUCUUCGCAGGAGGUACGUAGGGAGAGGGGUUCAUUCCAACACGCCUUCCUCUAUGGAAAGCUCUUCAGUAUGUUAUUAUCACUGCACCCGCGGAAGAACUCACUUUCUUUUUCGCUGCUGGUGAUUUACCCCCUGGUGAUGUCCUACCUUCUCGUUUGCGCCUUUUUCGGCUUUUCCUACAUCUGCCACAAGCUAAAGCUGGGACUUCUUUUGGCCCUGGAGAGGAAGAGCACCUACCUGGACACCAUCCUGCUGAACACGUGUCUCCUCAUGUUUAUGUCCUCCGGGGCGGCCCUAAUCUCACUGAGACUCUUCCCCGCGUAUGCAAAGCAGACAUACGCAUUCACCUUUUUCGAUUUGGCCCUGAAGAACCUUAGCUGCAUCGGAGUCCUAUACGCAAGGAACGGCUUGCUUUUUCUAAUUCUACUGACCUCUGUACUAACCGUCCUCCUGUUUUUCGUGCCAAAGAAGAGCGGCUUGUUUUCGGUGUUCAUGCCGGCCACCUUUCGGAAGAUUCUAAAUCAACAGGAGAAAGAAGAAUCGGGUGUGGACUCGGACAUGGAGUUGGACGGACAGUUAGAUGUCGAUAUAGAAAGCAACCCUACGUUGAGAACUGCUGGCAAGGUCCCCACAAGAAAUAAAAAUCUAUUUAAAUGA